UGAGGAGGCGGAAGUGACAGCCGGUUCGCUGCGGCCGGCAGCUGCUGCGAGGCUGAGGCUAGUGAGGACCGCUGUCCUGGAGCCGCUGCUCCCUUACUUCUCAAGCAUCAGGAAGCGCUCAGGACCAAGACUGAACUGUACCAUUUAGAAGAAUGGAAGCUGAUGCAUCUGUUGACAUGUUUUCAAAAGUCCUUGAGAAUCAGUUGCUUCAGACUACCAAACUAGUGGAAGAACAUUUGGAUUCUGAAAUUCAGAAACUGGAUCAGAUGGAUGAGGAUGAAUUGGAAUGCCUGAAAGAAAAGAGACUUGAGGCACUAAGGAAAGCUCAACAGCAGAAACAAGAAUGGCUGUCUAAAGGACAUGGGGAAUACCGAGAAAUCCCUAGUGAGAGAGACUUUUUUCAAGAAGUCAAGGAGAGUAAAAAAGUAGUUUGCCAUUUCUACAGAGACUCCACAUUCAGAUGUAAAAUCCUAGACAGACAUUUGGUGAUACUGUCCAAGAAACAUCUUGAGACCAAAUUUUUGAAGUUGAAUGUGGAAAAGGCACCUUUCCUUUGUGAGAGACUGCAUAUCAAAGUCAUUCCCACACUAGCACUGGUAAAAGAUGGGAAAACACACGAUUAUGUUGUUGGAUUUACUGACCUAGGAAAUACAGAUGACUUCACUACGGAAACUUUAGAAUGGAGGCUCGGUUGUUCUGAUAUUCUUAAUUACAGCGGAAAUUUAAUGGAGCCACCAUUUCAGAGCCAAAAGAAAUUUGGAACAAAUUUCACAAAGCUGGAAAAGAAAACUAUCCGAGGAAAGAAAUAUGAUUCAGACUCUGAUGAUGAUUAGACUUCAAUCGUGAUUCUUUGUAAAUUGUCUUUUUAUUUCUGCUUACUUCACAUUUAAACGUGAUUUCUAAGUUCUGUUGAUUUUGAUAAAUCAGUCAUCUAAAACUCAUAUUCCAGAGUUUUAUACAGUUGCAUCACAUUGAAAGGUGUCUUUACUAUUUUUUGUGCGUCCAUCAUGUUUAAGUUAAGGAAAACUUCUGUGUUGUUAAAUUAUAGGGGGAGGGUCUGGAUUCUCUAUUUUUGAGAUUGAUUUUAUCACAAUAUGGUUGUUACGUCUUUAUACCAUUCACAAUUGUGUUUUUAAUCUCCAGAGUUAGAAAUAGAAAUUCUAUUAACUAUUCUAAGACUAAUUCUUAAUCAGCAUUAUUUAUUUUAUACAACAGGUCAAGUAACAUUUACUGCUAUAACACACUGCACUUGUAAAUGAAUUAUAAACACUUUUCAGUUCUGGAAUAUAUUUAAGUAACUAUUAAAGAACUGCUACUUAUUUCUGCUA